UCUCGCCAAGUUAUCUAUCCAAAAAAAAUGGAUUCCAUCUCACAUUUGUUGGCUGUGCUAAUCUCCACAUCUCUCUUUCUCUUCUUCCUCCACAAAUUGCGCCGCAGUCGUUCUCCAAAGUCCUGGAUAAGGCUGCCUCCGUCUCCACCAAAGCUCCCGCUAAUCGGAAACCUCCACCAGCUGGGCUCACUCCCCCACAGAUCUCUCCAGUCACUCUCCCGCCGCUACGGCCCACUCAUGCUGCUCCACUUCGGAAAGGUCCCCGUCCUCAUAGCCUCCUCGGCCGAGGCUGCGCGUGAGAUCACGAAAAACCAGGACCUGAUCUUCUCUAACCGACCCCAACUCAGCAUCCCCUCCCGGGUGUUUUACAACAACCGGGAUAUGGCGUUCGCACCGUAUGGAGAACACUGGAGGCAGAUCCGAAGCCUAUGCGUGCUUCAUCUUCUGAGCAACAAAAGGGUUCAGUCCUAUCGCGGGGUAAGGGAGGAAGAGACGUCCCUCAUGGUCGACAAGAUCAGAAUGUUGGGUGCUUAUUCAAAGCCCGUGAACUUGAGCGACGUCAUGACGUCUCUGACUAAUGAUGUGAUUUGUAGGGUGGCGUUGGGGAAGAAGUAUGGUGUUGGGAGUGAUUUCAAGGAGUGGCUUACGGAGAUAGUUGUGCUGUUGGGGGUUGUACCUUUGUGGGAGUACAUUCCCUGGCUGAGAUGGACGAGAAGGUUCGAUGGUGUGGAUAAGAGAGUAGAAAGAGUGGCUAAGGAGAUGGAUAAGUUUCUUGAGGUUGUGAUUCAAGAACAUAGGGUUAGGGAGAGGAGAGAGGGUGAUGGUGGUGAGUUGGAUUUUGUAGAUAUAUUGCUGGAUUUGCAGAGAGAGAAUGGGAGUCGGUCACCUAUUGAAGACGACACUAUCAAAGCUAUCAUCUUGGAUAUGUUUGGUGCUGGAACUGAUACAACAUUUACAGCUCUUGAGUGGGCGAUUGCGGAGCUGAUACGAAAUCCGGCAACCAUGAAAACAUUGCAAAACGAAGUGAGAGAAGUAGCCGGAGGCAAGGAUGAAAUCGACGAGCAAGACUUGGAGAAAAUGCCUUAUUUGAAAGCAGUGCUGAAGGAGAGUUUAAGGCUACAUACACCGAUCCCAUUGCUAGUCCCUCAUGAAUCAACUCAAGAUACAAAAGUAUUAGGCUACGACAUCGCAUCUGGUACACGUGUGAUGAUCAAUGCUUGGGCGAUUUCUAGGGACCCGUCACUGUGGAAAAAUCCGGAGGAAUUUCGUCCAGAUAGGUUUCUUGAGACGAGCACAGACUUUAGAGGUUUGCAUUUUGAGUUCACUCCAUUUGGGGCAGGCCGAAGGGGAUGCCCCGGUGUUACGUUUGCGAUAGCUGUGGACGAGCUAGCGUUAGCCAAGUUGGUGCACAAGUUCGAUUUGGGAUUGCCUAAUGGAGUGAACAUGGAGGAGUUAGAUGUGAGUGAAUCUCGUGGAAUAACAAUCCAUAUAAGGUGUCCUUUGCUUGUUAUAGCUACUCCACAUGAUUGUUAGGUCCUUCCAUUUUAAUGUGAUUAUAAUGAGGGACGGAUGAAGUAUAAAUUAUACCAAUAGCUUUAAAAUAUGAUGUAAACGUUGGUCAACCGAUUCCAUUAUAUUAGUAUAGUCAUUGCUCCA